GGACACAAAAGUAAGUGGUGAGAGAUUUUAGAGAGAGACGGAGAGCAUGACUGACCCUUUGUCUCCGGCGACCUCGCUUUCCGAUGACUCAAUUCCAUUUUUUCACCUCAGCUGAGAAAAUCUACAUAAGAAUGUUCUCGUGAAGCUUUUCACUCUUGAGCUCACAUUUUCACAGGCAGUGGCAGAUUGAAUACUCGUUUCUUCUUAUUCACUUCAAGUCUAAAGCAACGGUUCUCUUUAAAAUCCCUUACUCUGUCCCCCAUUAUUCCUUUCUUUAUGGGUUUUGCUUGACUGUACGGGGUUACAGAGAUUAUAUUAUCUUUUUGGGUGUUUUCUUGCUAAAUGAGGUGUUCGAUUGGGUUCUUUACGGGUUUUGGCUUUAAUUUUUUGAGGUUUUUCUUACUUUUCUGGUGAUUGUAAUUUCUAGCCGUUUAAAGAGGCAAAAUCUGAUACGCCACUUAUUUGUAUGUAUACAUUUUUUUGUCAGUUUUUAUGGGUUUAUGCAGUAGCGUUUCGUUGUUGAGGUUUUGAAAGUGUUCAAGAAUCCGUCAUUUCGUUCCCAAAACGAAGAAAAAUUUGGCUUUAGCGUCGUCAAACCAGAGAAUGCCUUAAAUAUUGUACGCGUUUUUCAUUUCUUUCUUGAAAAUGAGAAUAAUUCUAGUCAUUAUUCUGUUUUUCGUUUGUUUGUCCUCAUCAAGUUGGGUGAAAUCUUUGAGCCCUUCUUUAAAUGAUGAUGUUCUUGGGUUGAUUGUGUUCAAGGCUGACAUUCAAGAUCCCGAAGGGAAGUUAAGUUCUUGGAAUGAAGAUGAUGAGAGUCCUUGUAAUAAUUGGGUUGGGGUUAAGUGCAACCCUAGAUCCAAUAGAGUCUCUGACCUUGUUCUUGAUGGCUUUGGGCUUUCAGGGAAAUUAGGUAGAGGCCUCCUUCAACUGCAGUUUCUCCGAAAGCUUUCGCUUGUAAGAAACAAUCUUACGGGACCCAUAAGCCUCAGCUUUUCCCUGCUUUCUAAUUUAAGGGUCCUGGACUUAAGUGAGAAUAGUUUCUCCGGGCCAAUUGAGAGUGAGUUUUUUAGGCAAUGUGGAUCUUUACAAUCAAUAUCUUUGGCUAAAAACAAGUUUUCAGGGCAAAUUCCUGAGAGUUUGGGCUCGUGCUCAACUGUCAUUUUGCUGAACUUUUCAGGCAAUCAGUUUUCAGGACUGUUGCCUUCGGGGCUUUGGUCUUUGCAGGGGCUUAGGUCGCUUGAUUUGUCUGAUAAUUUGUUGGAGGGUGAGAUUCAGGGCAUUGGUGGCUUGAGCAAUUUGAGAGGCAUAAGUUUGAGGAAGAAUCAAUUUACUGGUGGUGUUCCUGAUGGAAUUGGGGAUUGUUUAUUUCUGAGGUCGGUUGAUUUGAGUGAAAAUUCUCUUUAUGGAGGACUUCCAAGCACAAUGCAGAAGCUUGCCCUGUGUAAUGCCCUGGUUUUAUGUAAAAAUGGAUUUACCGGGGAGCUGCCUGAAUGGAUCGGAGAAAUGAGAAGCCUUGAAACCUUGGAUCUUUCUGAAAAUAACUUCAGUGGUCAAAUUCCUGAUGCUAUUGGGAAGCUUCAGUCGUUGAAGGUUCUAAAUGUAUCCAAGAAUGGCCUUACUGGAAUCAUGCCCGAGUCCUUGAGCAAUUGCCUUAACCUUCUGGUUUUGGAUAUCAGCCAUAAUUCCCUGACUGGUGAUCUUCCUUCUUGGGUAUUGAAACUGGGCUUACAACAAGUUCUGUUUUCGGAUAAUGGAUUAAGUGGGAGCAUGGACAGUGUUCUUGCUUCAUCGACAGAGAACUCUCGUAGAAAGCUUGUGAUUUUGGAUGUCUCACAGAAUAAGUUAUCUGGUGAAAUUCCAUCAGCUGUUGGGGACUGUAGCGGGUUGCAGUUAUUGAAUAUGUCAAGAAACUCAUUUUUAGGCAGCAUUCCUGCAAAUAUUGGACAAUUGAAGACCUUGGAAAUUCUUGAUUUGAGCGAAAAUCAGUUAAAUACUAGUAUCCCUUUGGAAAUUGGAAGUGCUAUAUCUCUUAAGGAAUUGACACUAGAGAAAAACUCAUUGGGAGGCAACAUUCCCAAUUCAAUUGGGAACUGCUCUUCACUGAUGUCCUUGUCCCUGGCAAAUAAUGAAAUAAGUGGCUCCAUUCCUACAUCCCUCGCAAAACUUGCUUACCUUCAGAUUGUCGACUUUUCUUUCAACAAUCUUACAGGAAACAUACCAAAGCAGCUGGCAAAUCUUGUCCACCUGCAGUCAUUUAACAUAUCACACAACCAGCUAAAUGGUGAAUUACCUGCUGGUGGUUUUUUCAACACCAUAGCUCCCUCUGCCGUCUCUGACAAUCCGUCCCUUUGUGGGUCGCCAGUCAAUAAAAGUUGCCUUACUGUCCUUCCCAAGCCACUUGUGCUAAAUCCCAACUCAACAGACGCCACCCCUGGUACAUUCUCCCAAAGCUUUCAUCAUGGAAAUAAAAUCCUAAGCACUUCAACCCUCAUUGCCAUUGGUGCAGCUGCUUCAAUUUUCAUUGGUGUCAUUGCAAUCACCGUGCUUAAUCUUCGUGUAACUGCCUCCACAUCUCGAUCGGCAGCAGCCCAUGCUUAUUUUGGUGGCAAUGACUUUAGCCAGUCACCUACCACAGAUGGCAAUUCUGGGAAGCUUGUCAUGUUUUCAGGCGAACCUGACUUUAGCACAGGGGCACAUGCUCUGCUUAACAAGGAUUGUGAACUCGGGCGUGGAGGAUUUGGAGCUGUCUACCGUACUAUGCUUAAAGACGGGCGUUCAGUUGCUAUCAAGAAACUCACUGUUUCAAGUCUUGUCAAGUCCCAACAAGACUUUGAAAGGGAAGUUAAAAACUUGGGGAAAGUCCAUCAUGGUAAUCUUGUGGCACUUGAAGGUUAUUACUGGACUUCAUCGCUACAGCUUCUUAUAUAUGAAUUUGUUUCUGGUGGAGAUUUGUACAAGCACCUCCAUGAAGGAUCCGGUGGGAAAACUCUCCAUUGGAACGAGAGGUUCAAUAUUAUUCUGGGUGCAGCUAAAGGUUUGGCUCAUUUGCACCAAAUGAACAUAAUCCACUACAACUUAAAAUCAAGCAAUAUCUUGAUUGACAGCUCUGGUGAACCUAAGAUUGCUGAUUAUGGUUUAGCGAGGUUGUUACCUAUGUUGGAUCGUUAUGUUUUGAGCAGCAAGAUUCAGAGUGCCCUCGGUUAUAUGGCACCUGAAUUUGCAUGCAGAACCGUUAAGAUAACGGAAAAAUGUGAUGUGUAUGGUUUUGGGGUUUUGGCUCUUGAGGUAGUUACUGGGAAGAGGCCUGUUGAGUACAUGGAGGAUGAUGUGGUAGUGCUUUGUGACAUGGUCAGAGGAGCAUUGGAAGAGGGCAAGGUAGAGGAAUGUGUUGAUGCUAGGCUGCAAGGGAAAUUUCCAGCUGAGGCGGCAAUUCCAGUGAUGAAAUUGGGCUUAAUCUGUACAUCACAAGUGCCUUCAAACCGGCCAGACAUGGCCGAAGUUGUUAAAAUAUUGGAGCUGGUUAGAAGCCCUUCUGGAGAUCAGGAUGACUUCAAAUAACUCGUAGAGGUCCGGGGUUCGAUGCAUUCGCAAUGGCAUCUCCGGCGAAGAAGAAUCCGGUUUGGUAUUUAGUAUGGAGAAUUCAGAUCAUUGUUAUAAUUCUUUUGCUCAAGUUGUUUUCGUAAAUUUUUUACCUCUAGCUACAUGUUUUAGUUUCUUCUCCAAGUUUUGAUUGUUUAACCGGAUUCCUUUUCUCCGGCUUCCGAUUUGGGACUCUUUUGGAUAUUGUUGCUUACUGUAAUCCCUUCAUUUUCACUUCCUGUUUGUCUAACAAGCCAUUUAGCUUGUGAUUCUCUCUAAUUUUUGCACAUUGCAUGAA